GACAAGCACCAGUCCAACAAUUUCACUCGUUGAACCCUAUGUUCCCUUUUAACCUCUCCUAAAUUAUUUUGCAGUCGGUCUCUCUCUAGAAUUUGUCCAUGCAGAUGGCGUCGCUCACAGAACUCAACGACGAGAUUGUUCGUAGUAUGUCAAUCGGAGCUGUCUUUUCAGAUUUUGUUGGAAAGAUAAAUUCACUUGAUUUUCAUCGUACUGAUGAUCUAUUGGUUACAGCUAGUGAGGAUGAUUCAGUGCGGAUUUAUGACAUUGCAAGUGCCAAGUUGCUGAAGACCACAUAUCAUAAGAAGCAUGGUGCUGAUCGUAUAUGCUUUACCCACCAUCCAAGUUCUGUUAUAUGCUCUUCAAGAUACAAUUUGGAUUCUACUGGAGAAUCCCUACGGUAUCUAUCAAUGUACGAUAAUCGAUGUCUACGUUACUUUAAAGGGCAUAAGGAGAGGGUUGUGUCCCUCUGCAUGUCUCCAGUUAAUGACAGCUUUAUGUCUGGUUCCCUUGACCACAGUGUCAGGAUAUGGGAUCUUCGUGUAAAUGCCUGCCAGGGAAUUUUACGUCUACGAGGUAGGCCUACAGUUGCUUUUGACCAACAAGGCCUCGUAUUUGCAGUGGCAAUGGAAGGGGGCGCUAUCAAGUUGUUUGAUUCACGGUCUUACGAUAAGGGUCCCUUUGAUACCUUCUUAGUUGGUGGAGAUACAGCUGAGGUCUGUGAUAUUAAAUUCAGUAAUGAUGGUAAAUCCAUGCUUUUGACAACCACAAGUAACAUCAUUUACGUUCUUGAUGCGUAUGGGGGGGAGAAGCGGUGUGGGUUUAGUUUGGAUCCAUCUCCAAAUACAACAAUAGAAGCAACAUUUACUCCAGACGGCCAAUAUGUGGUCUCAGGCUCAGGGGAUGGAAAUUUGCAUGCUUGGAGCAUUAGCACACGAAAUAAGGUUGCAUGCUGGGACAGCCACAUAGGCGUUGCAUCUUGCCUGAAAUGGGCGCCGCGCAGGGUCAUGUUCGUUGCUGCAUCCUCCGUUCUCACAUUUUGGAUACCCAACAAUUCAAAGACAGAAACCGGGGACCCUGAAGCCGGAGGACAUUCUGAAUAUGUAUCUCAAUGAAUGUCCAUCUUUCAUAGCUUCUGGUUUGAUUAGAUUUAGUAGUCUCUAUGGUCAAUUUACAUCUUUAUAGUUUCUCAGAAUCCUGUUCAAUGAAUGUCUAGCUUCUGGUUUGAUUAGAUUUAGUAGUCUCUAUGGUCAAUUUACAUCUUUAUAGUUUCUCAGAAUCCUGUUGUUUGUGCUUCUAUCAUCUAGGCAGUUAGGAUGUUCAAUCCCUAGUCUAAUUGCUCCAUUGUGGGACCUCCUCUCUUCGUGCAUAAGGCUGCAUAUAUUUGACUCUCCCCAGACUGCAUAUAUUUGACUCUCCCAGACUUCACAGUGGCGAUCGCCCCGACUCUCCCCAGAGACUUCACAAUGGCGAUAGCCUUUUGGGGUUGGAGCAAGUCUUGUUUCAUUUUCCUGGGAUUGGAGGGAUUAGCGAUUUUGUGUGAUUCUGUCAAAACCCAACCUCUAUAUAUUUCUUAAUUCAUUUUUAAUUUGCAUGACUUCAGUUAUAAAAGCUAUGCAUUUUGUUAA